AUGCCGCCCACCAUGCUCGCGCCGGUGCCCACGAGGCCGCGCUCCCACCCCUUCCGCCGCCGGAGGGACGCGGCGGCUCCGCUCCCAGCCCAGAUCGCGGCGGCGAUGGCGGCGGGGAAGCGGCCCGCGGAGUCCUCCACAUCGGCCUCCUCCUCCUUCCGCAGCGAGGUCGUCUCCACCACCACCGCCACCUCCUCCGCCGCCGCCCUCGCCGCGGCGCAGCGCCCGGAGAAGAGGCCGAGGCGCGAGGACUCGGGCGACGCGCGGCCCGCCGCCUCCGAGUGCUCGGAGGUCAUCGGCGGCGCCACGGCGCGCCCCGCGGAGGUCGAGGCCUCCGAGUCGUCGUGCCUCCGCUCCGUCCUCCAUCCCGACCUCGCCUGCCCCGAGCUGCUCGCCGACGACGCCGAGGCGACGGAGUACUCUUCGGCCUGCGACGAGCUCACGCAGUCCGACGCGGAGGAGGAGGUGCUCAGCGCUCCCAGCCCCUGCACCGACUACUCCCUCAGCCCCCUGCUCGACACCUCCUCUUCCUCCUCCUCCGAGGACGACGACGACGACGACGACGACGCCCCUUCCUACACCUUCUCCCUCUUCAUCGACUACGCCAAGCAGUUCGUCCCCUGUGUGCAGCACAAGGCGCACGCCGUCGCCGACGCCGUCCCCAUCCCAGAGUGGAAGCAGUUGGAUGACUUGGAGGACGAGGAGAGCUACGAGCAGUUCCGGCGGCGCGAACGGCGGGGAGUGGUGGCGUGCGACUACACAGAGGUGUACGCCUCCAUGUCAGGCAACUCUGGCCGUCACGUCGUGGAGCAGCGUUCUGUCAUGGUCAACUGGAUCAUCGAGCAUGGGCAUGUGACAGAGCUGCAGCCAGAGACAUUGUUCCUGGGAAUUGGACUGAUGGACCGCUUCUUGACACGUGGAUACCUAAAGGGCUCUAGGAAUGUGCAGUUGCUGGGCAUUGCCUGCAUCACCCUAGCCACCCGCAUUGAAGAGAACCAGCCAUACAAUAGCAUCAUGCAGAAGUCUUUCAUGGUGGGGAUCAACCUUUACAGCCGGAGCGAGGUCGUGGCCAUGGAGUGGCUGGUUCAGGAGGUCCUCGACUUCCAAUGCUUCGUCACGACAGUCCACAAUUUUCUCUGGUUCUAUCUGAAGGCGGCAAAAGCAGACGACAAGGUGGAGGAUCUGGCCAAGCACCUGGCCCUGCUCACACUUCUGGACCAUAAGCACCUCGCCUACUGGCCCUCGACCGUGGCAGCCUCGGUGGUGGCCCUUGCCUGCCUUGCCACUGACAGGGAGUCCUCGUGCCAUCGGGUAAUGGAGACUCACUCGAGGACCAAGGACGACGAUCUGCCUGAAUGUUUAAUGAGUCUGGAGUGGCUGAUAAACUAUGCUUCGUAG